AUGGCUUUCCAGGCCUGUGGCCAGCCUAGAACCCAUAACGACUACACUGUGGGAUGGGUCUGCGCUCUACCGAAAGAACAGACCGCGGCUACAGCCAUGCUGAAGAAGCACGCCGAUCUCCCAAAGCCGCCCAAUGACCCCAACACAUAUACCCUUGGGUCAAUCAGCCAUCAUAACGUUGUCAUAUGCUGCCUACCAAGUGGGAUUUACGGCCAGAUACAAGCAGCCGCCGCUGUUAGCUGGAUGAUAUCCGCUUUCCCGUCGAUAAAGUUCGGCCUUAUGGUCGGCAUUGGGGGUAGUAUUCCGACCAACGACGUUAGACUUGGUGAUGUUGUGGUCAGUCAACCGGUCGAUAAUUUCCCUGGUGUGGUGCAAUGGGACCUUGGCAAGGCGAAAGACGGUGGUAAAUUCGAGCGACGUGGCGCACUGAACAUUCCCCCACUCUCGCUCCUAACGGCUUUAUCGAAAUUGAAGACAAAAAACGAGAUGAUGGGCUCAAAGAUACCGACGUAUGUGCAGGAACUGGGAAAGAAGUGGCCAAGACUAGCGCCGAACUAUGUAAGGUCGAAAUCAUUCAAGGAUGUAUUGUUUGAAGCAGACUACAGCCAUGUCGGGCAGAAUGCAAUGCAUUGUGGGCUCUCCUCAGAGGACGACGAUCACGAUAGCGACAAAAGACAUCCGUGCCGGUUCUGCGACAAGACUAGGAUUGUGAAGAGGUCGCAGAGAGAUAUGGCUGUGCAAUUUGGUCUCAUAGUAUCGGGUAACAAAGUUAUCGAAGACGCUACCGUCCGAGAUAAGCUGAACCGCGAUCUUGGUGGUCGCGUUCUUUGUAUCGAAAUGGAAGCGGCGGGACUGAUGAACAACUUCUCAUGCCUCGUCGUUCGAGGGAUUUGCGACUAUGCAGACUCACACAAAAACGACGCUUGGCAGGAGCACGCUGCUGCUGUAGCGGCUGCGUUUGCAAAGGAGCUUCUAGAGUGUGUACAGCCAAGCGAUGUUGACCAUGAGCAGCCAGCGAAGGGAAAGAUAGACAAGAUUCAUGACUGUGUAUCUGCGACGGCUAGGGAUGUCAAGUCCAUAAGGUCCGGACUAGGAAAACAGGAAGAACUUGAGAUACUCGACUGGCUUACCCUGACUAACUACGGUUCUCAGCAGAGCGACAGUCUCCGGAGGCACCAGCCUGGGACCGGAAAUCCCGGCGCUGAGAAGACAAUCCUCACAUCGAUAGUGGUGCAUGAUCUCAACAAACAAUUUUCCAAGGACGCAAAAGUCGGCAUUGCGUACAUCUACUGCAAAUUCGGCCAACAAGGAGAGCAGACGGCGGAAGACUUAACAGCCAGUUUAGUCAAACAGCUAGCUGGCAAGCAGCCCUUUCUACCCCAAUUCGUGAAAGAACUGUACGAUCGCUACAAAGUCCAAGGAACACGACCAUUGCUUGAUGAACUUUCAAAAGCGCUCCAUUCCGUGUCGGCUAUCUAUUCGCGAAUUUUCGUCUUGGUUAACGCACUUGAUGAAUGCAAAAUAUCCGAUGGCUGUCGAUCGAUUUUCCUGUCGGCGAUUUUCUCCCUCAAGUUGCGUAAAGCGAAUAUCUUUGCGACUUCACGGCCUAUCCCUGAGAUAGCAGAGAGGUUUGAAGGGGCCACGACGUUGCCAAUACAUGCAAGAGAAGACGAUGUGCGACGAUAUCUGGACGCCCAAAUGUUCCAAUUGCCGCAUUUCAUCGCCGACAGCAUUGAGAUGCAAGAUGAAGUCAAGACUGCAAUCAUCCGAUCAGUUGACGGCAUGUUCCUGCUGGCACAACUUCAUCUCGAUUUGCUAAUUGGGCAAAGAUCGCUUGCAUCCGCCCGAACUGCUUUGAAAAGUCUGCCAACGGGAUCCGAGGCAUAUAACAAAGCAUACGAAAAUGCGAUGGCCCGAGUUGAGGGGCAAAAUGAGAAACGAGCAUACCUUGCCAAAGAAGUUCUUUUAUGGAUCACUUUCGCAAAGAGAACUCUUUUUGCAAGAGAGCUUCAACAUGCUCUUGCAGUAGAAGUUAGAAAACACAAACUUGACGAGGAAAACCUACCCCGAGUUAAAGAUAUGAUCUCAGUAUGCGCUGGACUGGUCACUGUGGACGAAACAAGCAGCAUUAUACGUUUGGUACAUUACACUACCCAACAGUACUUUGAACGAACACACACUAAGUGGUUCCCUAACGCGGAAAAUAAUAUUUCGGGAAUAUGUGCAGCCUAUUUAUCAUUUAGUGUGUUCGGGAGCGGGAUUUGUGAAACAGACGCCAGGCUCGAGGAACGACUGAAGUUUAACCCGCUCUACAUGUACGCCGCCUGCAAUUGGGGACAUCACGCCCGUGAUGCUUCGGCUUGUCCUCAGACCGUCAUCAAGCUUCUCGAGAAAAAAGCUCAAAUGGAAGCGUCGAUUCAAGUAUUGAUGGUUUCCGGGAUAAGAUUGGGUGGUUACAGCCAGAGGUUUCAAAGGCAGAUGACAAGUCUUCACCUGUCAGCUUAUUUCGGAGUUGAGAAAGCAGCUGCGGUCCUCCUCAAGACGGUUAAGCCUAAUUUGGAAGACAGCUCUAGGUCGACGCCAUUGUCAUACGCUGCAAAGAAUGGCCACGAGGCAGUGGUCAAAUUACUGCUCGAACACGGAGCCAGUACUUGCCUUAGAGACUCAAAUGGCCGAACAUCUUUAUUGUGGGCAACCUUGCACGAUAACAUACCCGCUAUAGCGCUAUUAGUCGAGCAUAGCGCUAGUAUUGUUUCUAUGGAUGUAUACGGCGACACACCUCUAAGGUGGGCAAGAAUUAACAACAGUGAACCUGCGGCCAUGUUGCUACUAGCAAAAGACAUAAAGCUAUACUCCAAACUCAGCAGUCGUCUAGAGAUGUUCUUUUGGGCUGCAGAAAAUUGCCAUCAGAAUGUGCUUAAGCUGCUACUCCAAAACGGGGUGAACAUCGACUGCAGACAGAGCAUUACGUGUAUGCGUUCAGGUUUAUUAAAAGCUACCAAGGAAGGAAAUGAAGAAGCUGUGAGAUUUUAUCUUGAGGCAGGGACAAAUGCUCAUUCGAGUGACUUCGCUGGGGAUACACCUUUGUCAAUAGCCGCUGGUAGAGGAUCUGAAAAUAUGGUGCAGCUUCUUCUCAAACAUGGCGCCAAUGUCAACUUGCUUGUUGGACGAAUACCGCUGAUGUCGGCAGCUUUUUCAGGAAACCAGAAAAUGGUCAAGCUGCUCAUUGAAAAAGGCGCAGACGUCAAUUUUAAGGAUGUAUAUGGCCGACUACCACUGAUGACAGCGGUAAAGGAAAGACAUCUAGCGGUGGUUGAGCUGCUUCUCAAAGAAGGUACAAAUGUUGAUUCCGAGGAUGGAUGUGGGAGGAGGCCGUUGUCACAGGCUGCAGAAAUUGGAUGCGAGGAAGGCGUUGAGCUGUUGCUGAGGCACAGUGCGAUAGUUAAUUAUAAAGAUCAAGAUGGCAGGACACCGUUAUGGCGCGUCGCAAAAGGGAAACAUAAAGGAGUCGCUAAACUACUUUUGGAGUACGGCGCCGAUGUUAAUUUGGAAGGCAUUGACGGUAGCACACCGCUAUCAAUGGCCAUUAUGAAUGGGCGCAUGGACAUUGUCAAGCUAUUCCUCGAUCACAGUGCUGGUUCUGUCUCUAUGAACACUGAUUAUGGGCAAAGGCUGCUAUACUGGACUGUCAGCAAUGGUGACGAGAAGAUGAUGCGGCUCCUGCUACAAAAAGGAAGAAGUGUUGAUUCCACGUGCACUGAACAUAGUCGGACACCGUUGUCUUGGGCCGCAGCAGAAGGGAAGAGCGAAAUGGUCAAGCUCGUGCUUGAGAAAAAGGCAGAAGUAAAUCUGGCAGACAGCAAUGGUCAAACACCACUAUUUUGGGCUGCAGAAAGAGGGCAUGAUGCAGUGAUCAAGCUCCUGCUUAAGAGCGACGCAGAGGUCAAUAUAGCAGGCAGUAAUGGUCAAACGCCACUAUUUCGGGCUGCAGA